GUCAGCACUUUGUGCGCUGUCAGUCCGCCGUCGCCGCUGCUGAAGGAUGGGCAAAGCCGAGUUCCUGACUCCCAAGGCGAUCGCCAACCGCAUUAAGUCGAAGGGGCUGCAGAAACUGCGAUGGUACUGUCAGAUGUGUCAGAAGCAGUGUCGGGACGAGAAUGGCUUCAAAUGUCACUGCAUGUCAGAAUCUCACCAACGGCAGCUUCUGCUGGCAUCAGAGAACCCACAGCAGUUCAUGGACUACUUUUCAGAGGAGUUUCGCAAUGAAUUUCUUGAACUUCUUAGAAGACGCUUUGGAACUAAACGUGUUCACAACAAUGUUAUCUACAAUGAAUACAUCAGUCACAGGGAGCAUGUUCAUAUGAAUGCAACAAUGUGGGAGACACUGACUGAUUUCACCAAGUGGCUAGGCAGAGAAGGUUACUGCAAAGUGGAUGAAACUCCAAAGGGCUGGUACAUUCAAUACAUUGAUCGUGAUCCAGAAACUAUUUGUAGACAACAGGAGCUAGAGAAAAAAAAGAAGCAGGAGCUGGAUGAUGAGGAAAGAAAUUCCAAGUUUAUUGAAGAACUAGUUAGGAGAGGAAAAGAAGGAAAAGAGGAGGACAUUCCAGUUUUUACAGAAUUGAAAAGAGAAAAUGAGGAAGAAAAAGUUGCCUUUAACUUAAACAAAGGACAAAGUGCAUCCGCUACAGCAGCUCCUAAACCUAGUACGCUGGGACCAAGUCCAUUGCAAACAAUAGCUUCAGUAAAACGAAAGGAACUGGGCCAUACGUCUUCAGAUACAAAGGACAAGAAGAAGAAAUCUGCACUAGAUGAGAUUAUGGAGUUCGAAGAACAGAAAAAGAGAAGCCUUAGAAAAGACUACUGGCUUCACACUGGAAUAGUUGUUAAAUUGAUAACCAAGAAACUUGGUGAAAAAUAUUACAAGAAGAAAGCAGUGAUCAAGGAUGUGCAAGAAAAGUACACUGCCAUUAUUAAAAUGAUUGAUUCUGGAGACAAACUGAAAGUUGACCAGACUCAUUUGGAGACUGUCAUUCCAGCUCCUGGUAAGAAGCUGUUGGUGGUGAAUGGUGGUUACCGAGGAAAUGAAGCUGUUUUGGAUUCUAUAAAUGAGAAAAACUUCAGUGCUACAAUAAUCAUAGAAUCUGGACCUCUGCAAGGGCGGAAGGUUGAAGGUGUGCAGUAUGAAGAUAUUUCAAAGUUGGCAUAAGCAGUGUUAACUGUCGACUUAAUAGUUCAAAGCAUCAUGUUGGUGUCCACUGAAUUUUUUUUUUAAAUUGCAAACUCUACUA